AUGGGCCUCAGAGAGUUGGAGGAUGCGUAUGAGCUGCGUGAGCGGGAGUUUGAUGAGAGUGUUGCGCCUGAUGUGCGCCUCGAGGAGGGCCAUCGGGAGGUCUCGCAGCGCGUGGGUAGCGGCAAGCGUCACCGUGAGCCCACGGCUGGGGACGAGGGAGAGGCGGCGGCGCAGAGGCCUCGCCUGGAUGACGCUUUUCCACUGGUCAACCACGGCUUGGACGGAAGUGCCACCCGCGGCCCAGAUGGACCUGGUAAACCGCCGCUGGAGCGUGGCUCCCCGGAGGCCCAGGAAACACACGCAAGGGAACCUGGCCACCCGGGGCCUGGGCGGCGACCCCCCUCGGACCAGACGGCCCGCAGCAGUCUGGCUGGCGGCGUGCGUGCGCCUGAUCACCGCCCGUACGUCGCUGCCGCUGCUAGGAAGCCGGUGGAGGACGAAGGCUGGCCUUUUGAGCAGCAACUAAUCCAGGCACAGGAAGUCGAUCCCUGGGUGACUGAGGGCGCUUGGAAGACGGCUCGCAUGCGCAGGCAGUGGAAGCUCGGAGACGAUGGCAUCCUGCGUUACAGCGGCAGGAUCUAUGUGGCCAUGGCGGCAUCAGGAAGACUCGCGAGCGCCUGA